GGCAGCGAGCGGCUUCCUCCUGGGCACCCCCGGACGCGGGGACCUGCAUCGCCCCUCCCGGGCCUGGGCACCGCCUGAGCGCGCAGGAGGUCCCAGGGCUUGGAUCGAAGGAAAGCGGGGCAGGAGGGUUCUAUCUCAGAGCGCAGCUGGGCUUCAGGCGGGCAGAAGAGUGGAGGCUGCACCUGGCACGGGGCAAAGGUGCCUGGAGCCGACUAGGCCAGACUGGAGCACCCGAGAAGCUGGCAUCCCGGCGCUCGCGCUUUGGGCGCUGUCCUGCGGGAGCCGCGCGCGCAGCAUAGCUCCGGACCUUGACUGGCACAGGCCUGGCGCAAGAAGUGCCCUCACGUGUCUGAGACAAGGAAUUGGACCCAAGGAUACCGAGGAGGAGGUACAGGGAUCUGGACCAGCUCAAAGUGGGGCUCCCUGGUGGCCCAAAGUUGGCCACUAGGGAGCUGGCCUUCCACCCGGGCCCCCCUGGUACGGAUGUGCCGCUGCCUGCUGCAGCACCAUGACGGCGGGAUGACUUCAGCUGAGGCAGCGGUGAUGGCAGGCGGUGCUCGGGUGGCCGGGUCCCCGGAGUGGCCCCCCGGCACCCCCCCGGCCCUUGGGUGGCCCAGCCGGGCGCGGGUGGCCGUGGCAGCGCUGGUGUGGCUGCUGGCGGGAGCCAGCAUGUCGAGCCUCAACAAGUGGAUUUUCACAGUGCAUGGCUUCGGGCGGCCGCUGCUGCUCUCCGCGCUGCACAUGCUGUCGGCCGCGCUGGCGUGCCACUGGGGGGCCCGGCGCCCCAUGCCUGGCCGCGCCCGGCGCCAGGUGCUGCUGCUGAGCCUCACCUUUGGCACAUCCAUGGCCUGCGGCAACGUGGGCCUGAGCACUGUGCCCCUGGACCUGGCGCAGCUGGCUACCACCACCACGCCGCUGGUCACCUUGGCCCUGUCCGCGCUGCUGCUUGGCCGGCGCCACCACCCGCUGCAGUUUGCCGCCAUGGGUCCUCUCUGCCUGGGUGCUGCCUGCAGCCUGGCCGGGGAGCUCCAGGCACCCCCCGCCGGCUGUGGAUUCCUGCUGGCUGCCACCUGCCUCCGUGGCCUCAAGUCCAUCCAGCAAAGUGCCCUGCUGCAGGAGGAGAGGCUGGAUGCGGUGACCCUGCUGUACGCCACCUCGCUGCCCAGCUUCUGCCUGCUGGCGGGCGCAACUCUGGUGCUGGAGGCUGGCGUGGCGCUGCCGCCAGCUCCCACUGACUCUCGCCUCUGGGCCUGUAUCCUGCUCAGCUGCCUCCUAUCCAUCCUCUACAACCUGGCCAGCUUCUCCCUGCUGGCCCUCACCUCUGCCCUCACCGUCCACGUCCUGGGCAACCUCACUGUCGUGGGCAACCUCAUCCUGUCCCGGCUUCUGUUUGGCAGCCGCCUCAGCGCCCUCAGCUAUGUGGGUAUUGCACUCACCCUUUCAGGAAUGUUCCUUUAUCACAACUGUGAGGUUGUGACCUCUUGGGCUGCCCGCCGGGGCUUGUGGCGGAGGGACCAGCCUGACAAGGGUCUCUGAGACCUGAGGGAAGUUCACGGGCCACCUGGUACAGCCCCAGCCUGAGUCUGACCUUGGCCAGUGACUGUGAGAAAAGUGGAGAGCUGGCAGCCGCCACCUCUGGGCCAUGGUGGGGGACGCCCUUCCGGAAGGGUCACGCUGGAGGCUGGAAUGGGGACUCCCAGAGACCCACCCCCAUCUCUGCCUGCCUCUCCUUGUCAUAGGGCUUACUCACCACUGGAUGGUGGGUCCAAGGCUGGCACAUCACUGCGCUUGUCAGGGUAAUCAUCACAAUUAGGAUCGACACCACUGCAAGUUGUAGGCCAAAUUUUGAAAACUCACCAAGUUCGGAGGAGGCCGAUGAUGAUGCAUGGUGGUUGCACAAUCCUUCCAGGAAGCGGGGAGGCAGCUAGGGGGCCCAGGGAUGGGCUUCUUUGCUGUGGGCUUCCCCGGGGAAUGGGGUCAUCUGUUCCAAUUCCAGGUAGCUGCUGUGGCCUCACCCCUGGGCCCCCCAGUUUUGGGUCUUCCAUCCUCAAAUAAACUAUUUUUGCUUGUACUCUUGUGUCAUUCCUCAGGGCUACAGUCAAGGAAGUAAGAGAAACAGCAAUGGCCCACUGACCUCUGGCCACCCACAACAACUAGGGCAUUCUGCUUUACCCAUUGUGGUCUGUGCAGGCCCCCAGCUUAGACCUGUUCCCUAAAAUCUUCCCACUGGCCAGGCUGCCAUUGCCCACCUUCUGGGUAGCGGCGCCUUCCUCUUUGAUCUGGCCCCUCCCCUUCCUCUUUGAUCUGAUCCAUUCUCCAUCUGGAAGACUCCAUCUUCCAGCCAGCCCCAAGGAGUCUUUCCAAAUCACACAUCUUCUAUGGCUCCACUGCUUUUAGGACAAAGUCAGAGCUUCCUGCUGUGGACCACAAGGCCCUCAGGCUCCUGUCUUGUUUCUCCCACCUUUGGCUCCACCAUCCAGCCUCACCAGCUUCCUUCUUGUCCCCCAGGCCUGCACAGUGGAGCCUCCAUACAUGCUUGUUCCCUCUGUCUGGUAUGCAGUUCCCUCUGUCUGGUAUGCUGUUCCUUCGGUCUGGCAUCCUUUACUCUUCUCAUGGUCAAAGCCUUGUCUGGGGGAGAAAACCCAAAUAUGGAACUUUCCUUUAAAAGAAAAGCCAAAAAAAGGAAGCCUGAUGAAGGAAGGCUCCUGACAAGGGGCAGUGUCCAGGGCAAGGAGUUGGGUGACCUCACAGAGGAAGAAGUACCCAGCAGGGAGGGCCUGGAGACCUGGCCUUGCAGGGGAAGAGGGCUGCCAUGUAAAGGGCCUGGGUCAGGUGUGCUAACCCCUAGAGCUAGCCCAGAGCCUCCCUAAACAGCUGGCCAAAACUCAACCUUUCCUGGGGUAUGUGUACUUAACUCCUCCACCUGGUUGCCCAUUAAAAUGAUAAGUCCCCAGCCAUCCUGAAGUGGGGAGACCUGGGAUCUAACUCUGCCCACCUCACUGUGCACCUCGGGUAGGUAGCCUGCCCUCUCUGAACCCCAGUUCCCUUAUCUGAAAAAUGGGGCUUUUGAUGCCUAUAGAGAGGAUCCGAACGAGGAGCCUGGUGGUCAGGGCGAGGGGUGAGGAGGGCAUGACAGUGCCAGCUAACUUGGUUUCUCUCUUUGGCUUGGUUUCUCUUUUCGGCUAGUUAUCCACCCACUCUGAGGUUCUAGGCUGAUCUGGAAAAUGGCCAUGGACUUGGUCUUCCCUCUCUGCAUGACUAUGGGAGAUAGACCAGGCUGGGGCUGGGGCUCAGGGUCCUCAGCCCUUCCUUCAUGUAGCCAGCAUUUGUGGAGGGUUCCUGUGCUCCCCAGUGGGAGGCGGGAC